GCCUUCGUGCUGACGUCACUUACAGAAACUCUUGCGCUUGUGGCCUUUAGUUCGGACAGCGGUCAGCUGCUUCACGAGAUCAUCUGAUCAUCAUCAUCAAACACGUUCGGAACAACAGAAACAAUUGACAUGGGGAACUGUUACCCAACAGUUGUGCCUUAUAACGACUUUGAUGUCGUUGCUGACAUAAAGGCCAUCCGCAAAGCCUGCAAAGGUUUAGGCACUGAUGAGCAAGCCAUUAUAGAUAUAUUAGCCAAUCGCUGUGCAGCUCAGAGACUGGAAAUCAAACGUGCAUACUUCGAGAAAUAUGAUGAUGAGUUGGAGGAGGUUUUGAAGAGUGAGCUGGCUGGUAGUUUUGAGAAGGCCAUCAUCGCCAUGUUGGAUCCUCCUCAUGUGUUUGCUGUGAAAGAGCUCCGGAAGGCCAUGAAGGGUGCGGGCACAGAUGAGGAUGUCCUGGUGGAGAUACUGUGCACUUCCACCAAUGCUGAGAUUGCCACUUACAAAGAGACCUACACCCAAGUGCAUGACAGGGAUUUGGAGUCAGACAUUGAAGGAGACACCAGUGGGGAUGUGAGGACACUGCUGACGUUCCUUCUCCAGGGUAACAGAGAUGAGAGCUACAAUGUGGACGAAACUCUGGCAGAGCAAGACGCCGUCUCAAUGUUUGAAUCUGGAGAGGGCUGUUUUGGCACAGAUGAGUCCACCUUCAGCAUCAUUCUGGCCACCAGGAACUACAUGCAACUGCAGGCCACAUUCAAAGCCUACGAAGCUAUUUCUGGAACAGAAAUUUUGGAUGCAAUUGAUAAGGAAACCUCUGGAACCCUGAAGGACUGCUACACCGCACUUGUGCGGUGUGCUAAGAACCCUCAGCUGUUCUUCGCUCGGAGGCUGAACGCUGCUAUGAAAGGUGCCGGCACUGACGAAGACACUCUCAUCCGCAUCAUUGUGUGUCGCUCCGAGAUUGAUCUGGAGACCAUUAAAGACAUGUACUUGGAGAAAUAUGACGUGUCUCUGAAAGAAGCCAUCGACUCAGAAUGCGGUGGAGAUUUUAAGCGCCUCCUGCUGGCCAUCCUUCACUGAGAUUCACCACCAGACCCCUAUAGUGCUCACAGUGGCUCAAGGGUUCUUUUAUUAUAGUCACAAACAAGGCAAACUAACAUGACUUACAUCCUGUCCUAUUGUUUGCAAACACUUAAAAGUCUACAUGAAAUGACAUUCGCAACCCAUUUUACUAAUGCAGUGUGACAUAUUUCUGAGUGAAACAGAACACCAAAUGAGAAAUAUUGGGUGAAAUGAAUUGAAUCGUGAAAAAUGGACAUUAUCAAAUUGGAGCAGGGCAGUUGGAGGGGAGGGGUUAAAAAAAAAAGAGGGCUUGGUGACGUCAGUUGAAAAAGAAAGUCACUUUAGAAGAAGCAGCAGAGAACUUUAUUACAUUUUGAUGAAAAAUAAGAAGACAAUUUUUUACUCUUUACUCUAGCUUUGAAAUAAUGUUCACUGAUAAAUCAUGUUCAGUAAGACCUGGAACAUGUAUUAGAAAGUAAAUAGGGUGAGUUUUGAUUUCAUGUUGACUUAAAGGUGUACCUAUAAAAUCCAUUAUUCUUGUCCAAUAUUCUUGUUUUUAUAUCAUUAUUGUAUCAUGUUUCAAAAGCAGCUGUCCUCACAAACAUGAAUAUGCAUCUAUGUCCUGUAAACAGUUUCUUUGACAUUCCUUAUUCUAGUGGUGUCUUUUGGUUCUGGAUUACAAGAUAGCAUUGUUACAUUAUGAUGUCUUCAUGAGAUGAACUGAAGAUUGAACGUAGAUUUAGUAAGACCUGCAUUUUUAUUUAUUAUUUAUUUUGCCCAAUAGCAGUAAUGAGUUGUCCUGCCAGUAUUUUGCCACACCAGAACCUCAGAGUUAAAAGGGAUACUACAGAGGAUUUCUUGAAGAACAAUUUUUUUUUUAACAAAAUAGCAUUAUUAACCUAGUACAUAACAAAACUCUGUGUUCAAAAGCAUGUUCUUACUUAUUGGAGUCACUACGGUAAGCCUACAAUACGGAUUUUACAUUCAUAGCUGUCAGGUGCCAUUUGGCUGGAAAUUUUAGGCUUCCUUUAUUCUUGUGUUAAUGUCAUGUCCGUAACCAAAGAAGACAAGGUUUGUUUAGUAGGCCUAUGGCACAUGUGUGAGCACUGGUGAAAUGGAGGGAAAUUAAGUAUAGAGGGGUGGGGGGCAAAUUAAUAAAGGGUUAGGUAAGGAGGAGAGAGGUUGUAAGCUCAUUGCUACAGUAAAUGGGGUAGAUGCAUAUGUCUUGAAACUAGUUAGCUAGCUAGAACAUGGAUAGUUCUAAAGAGCAACCCUUGUUGACCUCUGGGUAAUCACCUGUGGUCAAGCCCAAGAAACAUUUAACUGUGGAGGGCCUGCAGGCAAAAAGGGAACAUGACAGGGCGCAGGUAUAAAGCAAGGAUAAAUAUUCGCUUGGUUUUUCAAAAGUGGUGACAACUCUGAGAUCUGAAUGGAUUUAAGACUGAGGAUUUUUUUCUUGCUGGAAAGGUAAGAUAUUUUAGUGGGUUGAUAGUUAGCUAGGUAGCUAGCUAACAAUAGCAUGCUAGUCAGUGAGAUAUUCCAUCACUCAUCUAUCUAGGAUAGUUAGCUACCUAGCCAGUUAUGUGUAGAACUUCUACCAGCUAGUCAGAUCUGACCCGAUAUGGUCAUCAUAGACCAAACAUACCUAAAACCAUCAUUUUCAUCCACGUCGAAGAGCAGUGCACAACUGACGUUAUGAACACCGUUCCUUCUUAAGCAACUUGCAAUUGUACUAUGUUUCAACCAUGGAUGGCGAUAAAGAGCCCAUGAUUCUGUUUCGUACCUUCUGACGGGACCAAAAUGUCAGUUCUGUAUGCAUGAGAAUGUAAAAUGUGAAUAUGUGUGAAUGACUUCAUGAAGCGUGUGAAGAGACACCAAAUUGCAACAUGUAUUGCCUAUUUUUAGAAAAACUUCUAGGCAGCUGAUAUUUCUGAAUUUACAGUUUCACUUACCCAGUCUGUAAUGUUGUUGUUACUAACACAAAGCAUUAUAUUUAUAUUAUUUGCAUGAUAUAUUUUAGUGCACUUGCCGUGUAUAUAUAUAUAUAUAUAUAUAUAUAUAUAUAUAUAUAUA